AUGACGACGCCUGCAAUUCGAAUCCCCUUCACGGGCCCAUUACCUCCAGCCAUCGUCGUCCCACCAUCCGCCAGGACCAUUGCGGGGGCGAUCGACGCCGUGAGCGCCUUCUUCACGGCGUCACCAUCCCUGCACCUCCGGGGCAUCGACGUGGGUAGAAACACUCAGACCGUCCUCCUAACCGGUGCUGGUAUCUCCGUCGCAUCAGGGCUGUCCGACUACCGCGGGGACCAGGGUACAUAUCGUCGAAACAAGUCCUACCGGCCUAUCUAUUUCCACGAAUUCGCGACACGCCAUGAGUCGCGCAAGCGAUACUGGGCUCGGAGUUUCGUCGGGUGGCCGGGGCUCGUGAAAGCGAAGCCUAAUUCAACUCAUUGGGCGAUUCGAGAUCUCGGACUCAAAGGGUAUAUCAGCUCUGUUGUGACGCAGAAUGUCGAUUCGUUCCAUUCCCUAGCUCACUCGGAACUAUCUACGCUUGAAUUACAUGGGUAUCUACGGUCCGUGGUCUGUACGAGCUGUCGCAAUCAGUUCUCACGACAAGAGUUCCAGGAAUCAUUGGAGAGGUUGAACCCGGCAUGGGCGGAAUUUCUUGCUCGCAUGGUCGCCGGCGGUGCUCUUGAUACUGAUAACCCCGAGGAGCAACGAAGGAAAGGAUUGAAACUCAAUCCCGACGGUGAUGUCGACCUGGCCGAGGCACCUUAUUCGACUUUUCGAUAUCCCUCGUGUCCAACCUGUUUGGAAAAGCCUCCAAGAUUGAAAGACGGUACACCAGCCCGUGUCGAGGUCGAGAGCGACGGUGCAUGGUUACCGACUUCCACUGCUGGCAUUCUAAAGCCAGCGGUGAUCAUGUUUGGUGAGAAUAUUGAUCCGGCGGUUAAGACUGCGGCGGAAGAAGCCAUUGAUGAUGCUGGGCGCUUGCUGGUGCUGGGCAGCAGUCUUGCCACCUAUUCGGCCUGGCGUCUGGUGGAACGAGCAUAUAAACGAGGCAUGCCCAUCGGGAUUAUCAAUGUAGGGGGCGUGCGCAAUGAAGCCAUGCUCUUUGGCCAAUUGGGCUCGGGCCUUGAGAAGGAGUUUGGUGCUCAUGUUCGCUGCAGCCAUCCCGCCCAGGCCAUCCUCCCGACCGUGGUCUCGGGCCUACCCAGGAAUCACCUGAAAUGA